AUGGUCACCGUUUCGCGAGGCAGGGUUGCCCUGUGGGCGCUGGGACCGACCCUGAACCGCGCCAUGAUCCCCACACAGCAGUUUGACCUGUGCCACCUCCGCCCAACGACAGACCCCAGAUGCCGCCCCUACGUCAUUGUGCCCAUUGUUGUUCCACCAGCAACACCUCCCGCAGAAGCGCACAAACUUGAUGACUACGAUGUCACUGCAUUGCCGUACCUGACAUCAUCUGCCAAGCAUCUUGACAUGGCAAAGAAGAUGAUGGAGGCUGCAGUGUUGUCUUCUUUUGUCCUGGACUGCCUAAUCCAUCUGGCAUAA